AUGCGAGAUUCCGCUCCUCAAGACCGGCAUGCAGCUGCUCCAGCACCGUUGCCACGUGAGACAGGCACUCACCAACCCCGACCAUCCGCCGCUCCCAGCGGAGGACAUGAAGGACAAAGUCGGAUUGGAUGUCCCACUCCCGGCCCCAUAGAGUCCCCGGCUGCGGAGGAGACUCCCACAUCUCCCCGUUCCACCACCGUUCGUCGUCCUCUGGAUCAGGGGCGUCAGGAGAAAGAUCGGGAGACCGCGAUCGAGGAGGAGGGAAACGAGCAACAGGAGCGGGGUCGAGAGGAACAAGAGGCUGCUGUCGCUGAGGAAGCUCCACCGACGGAACAGCGGAAGGCACGGGGACAACGGAAGAUGCUGCUAUCGGCGGCAGGGCAGGAGCAGGAGGCACGAGAGGUGCCACAGCAGCCCGAGCCGUCAACAGAGAGGGCAGAGGAGGAGGACACGGAGAGGAGGGAACCGACGGUGGCGCCGACGAUGGCGGAGACGGCUGGGACAGUUGGGGGGACGACGCCACAGGGCCAGACAAAUGCUGCUGAGACUACUGUUGAGACGUCAACGUGGAAGUUGCUGGGACUGUUGCUGGGAGUGUUGCUGGGACGCCGGAAGCGGCGGCUGCUGGAGAAGCGGGCGGAUUAUCUGUCGCUGGAGAGCAGGGCAGCGGCGGCUCGGAGCAGAGCUGGAGCCAGCCCGCCCUGGGCUCUGGCGGGCUGGGAGCGACAGAUUGACCCAUCGAGCGCUCCUGUCGUGGCGGAUGGCGCCGAUUGCCCAUCAUCUACACGUCGUCCAGUAGCACAGGAGGACGACAAGGCGGGUCAACCCCUUGCGGAUCCGGCCGAGGGGAGGGUUUUGAGGAGGAGACGGCGAGAGCGAUAG